CCAAUUUUGCGCGCGUCACUCAUAGCCUCUCCAACCUCUGAUCGAUGAUCAUCCUCUCUUUUACCACUCCUGUUUUUUCCCCUUCCAAAUUUAAAGAACAGAACCCUCCUCUUUCGCCUGCUCCCUCUCUCACUCUCUCCAUCUCCGUUUCUACCACCGAAAUCAAAACGACUCACUGUCCGAACCGCCUUGGGGCUUUCCCCGGUAAUGUUCGCCGGCGGCGUCGCGGUUGAUUGAACUUCUAAUCUUUCUCUUUCCCCGUCGGUUUCGUUGUCUUCUCGAGGGAAGGAUCGCCCAGGCGGAAUUCGAUUCAAUCAAACAUUGGUUGUGACACAAUCAAUCUCGCUUGCAAUUCGAAUCUCAGAAGGGAUACCGGGGUUGGUUAAUUGGAUAUGGGUGUCAACAAUAAAGAUGUGCGAACGCCGGAAGAGCGGGUACCGGCGGAGGCAAAGGAGAUGCUGAAAUCAUUGGCAUCCAAGUGGGAAGAUGUGACUGACGCAAAUGCAUUGCAGGUGAUCCCUCUCAAAGGUGCAAUGACCAAUGAGGUCUUCCAAAUCAAAUGGCCAACAAAGACCGGUGAGCUCUCGCGCAAGGUUGUGGUCAGGAUUUAUGGUGUGGGCGUGGAGGUGUUCUUUGACGGGGAUAAUGAGAUCCAGACGUUUGAGUUCAUGUCCAAACAGGGGCAUGGACCUCGACUGCUUGGACGCUUUUCCAAAGGACGAAUUGAAGAGUUCAUCCGUGCUCGGACGCUAUCUGCUCCUGAUCUGCGUGAUCCAGAGAUUUCAGUACUUAUAGCAGCCAAAAUGAAGGAGUUUCAUGGCCUUGAUUUGCCUGGUCAAAAGGUUGUCCAUCUCUGGGAUAGACUAAGAAAUUGGCUCAAAGUGGCGAAGGAUAUGUGUUCUCCAGAUGAAGCUAAAGCCUUUCGCUUGGAUGAAAUUGAUGAGGAAAUCACAUUACUUGAGAAGAAUCUCUCCAUUGAUCAGCCUAUUGGAUUUUGUCAUAAUGAUCUCCAGUAUGGUAACAUAAUGAUUGAUGAAGAAACCAAAGCAAUCACCAUAAUUGAUUAUGAGUAUGCAAGUUACAAUCCUGUUGCCUUCGAUUUAGCAAAUCAUUUUUGUGAGAUGACUGCUGACUACCAUACAGAUACACCCCAUGUUGUGGACUACACUAAAUACCCUGGUUUGAAACACACUAAUAGUUUAGUUACUCCUUAAUAUCUUUUUGCCGUCCUUAUGGCAGUCAGUUAACCUGAAAGCUUAACAGGUCUGGAGGAGCGCCGAAGGUUUGUGCAUGCAUAUCUGAUUGCUUCAGCGGAGAAACCUGGUGACAAAGAGGCGGAACAGUUUCUUAGAGAUGUUGAAAAAUUUACACUUGGAAGCCAUCUGUUUUGGGGCUUGUGGGGCAUAAUAUCGGAGCACGUCAACAAGAUCGAUUUUGAUUACUUGGAAUAUGCAAGGCAGCGACUUGAACAGUACUGGCAAAGAAAGCCGGCACUGUUGGGGUCACCAGAAGGAGCCAGUACGGCAAAUGCGGCUGUGGAUCCACCCGCUGCUACUACCACAACCAUUGCAGCUGCCAGUGUGACUCAUGCUCCGGCUGCCGCUACGACUGCCGAUGCAGAUCCAACUGCAGCCACGACUACCACUGCCAGUGCAGCUCCUACUGCAGCUGCCACCACCACUACCACUGCUCCCGUUGACAGUGCAACUGACGGUGGGAGGAAGGAUGAGCAAGGCAAGGAGUCUCCUGCAAGAGCAGCAGCACAAGAAGAGGAAGAGGAACCGGAAUCACCAGCAGUAGGGGAGGAAGAAGAAAAGGAGGGCGGUUCGGACCCGAACGCGCGGCAGAAACACCAGCCGGGUGUGUUCAGGAAGUUCAAGAAGUAUUUGGGCUUCACCAAUGUGUUCAAGAGGCACGGCCACUCUCACUCUCAUUCCCACUCCCACUCUAAAUCAAUCGAUCACGUUCCUCAACAGCAAGAUGCCUCCACCCCUGCUGCUGCUGCUGAUAAUGCUGCUGUUUCUGGCAAACCUCGUGAUUGAUAAUAUUACUCGCACCAACUCUUUUGUUUCCAGGAGAACAAAGGAGGAGAGUGCUAGCUAGUAGUUCUGUACUUCUGAUUUCGGCCCAUUUGUAGCACUCUUGCAACCUACUAUUUUCGUAUUGUUUUGACAUGUGUGAUGUGUAUAUAUAAUAAUCCUUUCCUUAAUUGUAUUAUGUAAAUAUUUAUAUUUGGAUGACCAAUGACCUACCACAUUAGAUGCUCACUU